AUGGCAGAUCAAGAGAUUCCUCCCCCAAGCCAACUUGUUCCUUUGGACUUCACCUCAGUUCAAACUGUCCCUGAAUCUCACUUGUGGCCAAACGCCACGGAGUUAUCGGCUGCGAUCAAGUUGGACAAAAGGGUUUCGCUCCCGUUAAUCGACCUUGUCAGCGAUGGUGCGUCGGAGCUCCUAGGGAGAGCCUGUGAGGAAUGGGGAAUGUUCCAGUUGAUUAAUCAUGGUAUCUCGAAAACCCUAAUCGAGGAAGCAGAGGAGGAGACUCGACGCCUUUUCACUCUCCCGGCAACACAAAAGAUGAAGACACUACGAUCGCCUGGAAGCCUCACCGCCACCGGCUACGGCAUGGCUGGAAUAUCUAAGUAUCAUCCGAAAUUAAUGUGGCAUGAAGGAUUCACCAUCUUGGGUUCUCCUAUUAAUGAGGCUAAGAAGCUUUGGCCAAAUGACUAUAAACGGUUUUGUGAUGUAAUGGAAGAAUAUCAAAGAGAAAUGAAGGGUUUAGGAGAAAGGAUAAUUAGGUUAAUCCUCAAGUUUCUUGGCAUCUCCGAGGAAGAGAUGAUGAAGCUGUUGACUUCAACCGACGAAUCCAUUGGGAAACCCCACAUGGCCCUUCGAUUAAACUCGUACCCACCGUGCCCCGAUCCAGGUCAAGUCAUGGGCCUCGCCGCCCACACCGACACCUCCCUCUGCACCAUCCUUCAUCAAGUAGGCAAUAACGGACUCCAAAUCUUCAAAGAUGGAACAGGGUGGGUUCCGUUAUCUCCAAUGAGCGGCACUCUCAUCGUCAAUAUCGGCGAUCUCCUACACAUUUUGUCGAACGGGCGGUUUCCGAGCAUUCUUCACCGGGUGAUGAUACAAGAAAAUAAGGAGCAUAGAUUUUCAUUGGCAUAUUUCUAUGAUCCACCAGGUGAGAUAUACAUUUCACCUUAUUGUAAGCCAUUGAGUGAUACUCCACAGUUUCCUCUUUACAGAAGUGUGAAUGUGAAAGAAUAUUUCGCUAUCAAGGCUAAGAAAACGGGGAAGGGACUUCCAGCCAUUAAAAUAUGA